UACAGGCUGUGGGGUUGAAGUCACCUUCUAGCCACCAUUUGGAUCUAUGGUUUCUCCGGCUGUCUAGAAGCCCAGCCUUUCCCAGACGAGGAGAAGGAGUGAAUUUUCAUUAAAGGGCGUCUGAGCAGGAGUGAGUGGACAAACAUGAGCAGUGACUGUGAACGGUACGAGAAUAGAUUCAGAGACCUGACACUGCCCCCUUUCAUCAACGGCAUCUCCUCCAUCCUCUCCUUGGCCAAUUCCGUCACCGCCUUUGGCAGCAAGGAGCUCGAGGUGAACGAGAGUGACCAGCUGAAGCAGGAUGUGGAGAAGGCCUACACAGAGAUGAGCAAGGCCGAGAAGGAGGCCAGUGGCCUGAUCAACGCCAUGACGACCGACAGCCUGCAGCUAGCCAAGGACCUUGACGAGGCCAAGAGGAAGCGCAAGAGCCUUGAGGAGGAGCUACAGGAGAAGAAGGAUUUGCUGAUCUGGCUGGAGAGCCAGAGGUACCUGAUCAACGACCAACUUCAGGCUGCCCGCUCCAAUCUGCAUCACACCGAGAACACACUGAAUGCUGCUGAGGCAAGGAGAGGAGAGAAACUCACUGGAAGGGACAUGGGAUUGGGCCUAAUGCUCCUUGUCCCUUGUGUAGGAAUUCCCAUGGCCAUCGACUACAGCAAAGAGCUUAACAGCACGAAGAAUCUGCUGAAGGAGGUUGAGAAAGAAAAGCUUCGACUCGAUGCCGAAGUCAAGAAGAACGAAGAAGAACUAAAGAAUUGCAACAGUGAAAUCCCAGAGAGAAACAAGGAGAUCGAGAAACUGAAAGACAACUUGAUGCAGAUGGAACGAGAGGUGGAAAUGAUGCAGAAGGCAUUCAGAGCCCUGGCUGACACGAAGACCAAGCUGAAGUAUUGCCACAACUAUCUCUCCAGUCUCCAGGGGUCUGUGGAGGUAUUGUACAACUUCCGCGAAGACAUGUACAGCCUGGAGCCCCACAUGCCCCUGAUUGAAGAGAUAUUUAAUGACAUACAACAGCAGAACUCCCAGAAUGAGCUGCUGGUGUAUGACUCGCGUGUCCAGAAGGUGGUCAAGAAGCUGAGAGCCAUCCUAAAAGGCAAGAUGUGAGGCCUGACAGUCUCUUCUGGGCAGGCCCUGCAAGGCCGGGUGCCUCCUUAUCAAUCCAUGGCUGUGGAGUAAGGAAGGUUGGUGGGAACACGAGAACAUAAAACCUGGGAGUAAGCAUUGACUAUCUGGCCCAUUGAACCUGCUCCACAAUUCAAUAAGAUCAUUGCUGAUUUGGCCAUGAACUCAGCCCCACCCACCUGCCUUUUACCCAUGACCCUGAAUUCUUCUGCUGUGCUGUGAAGGGAGAAUAGAAACAGUUCUCUGACUGCUAGGGAGCCAGUUCACUGGACUUGAGCAAGGAAGACUGAGAAAAUAAAAGAUGAAAGAUACUUCAGGGUUAAGGAGGGGGUGCUGAGGGAAUGGGAGCAAUCAGGAAGGUCACCAGAAAACAGUAGUGUAAGAGUGGGCCACCCUCAACCCUCCAAUAUGAUCAGAGUCAUAGACUUCCACAGCACAGAAACAGUAAGUGGAGGUUGUGGAACUGGCCAGAGUUGCUGGUUCAAACCCAAGGUUUGCUAGCUGCCCUGACAGAGUUACAUUUAUAAGAUCAUGAGGGGAAUACACAGGAUCGUUUUCUCAGGGAGGAGUCUUUCAAAACAAGAGGGCACAAGUGUAAGAUCAAAGGUGAGAGGUUUAUUUAUUUAGAUUUGCAGUGCAGAAUAAUCCCUACUGGCCGUUUGAGCCCUGCUGCCCCAGCUACUCACAGGGGUGGCAUGGUAGUGUAGUAGUUAGCACAAUGCUUUUCAGACGACCCAGGUUCAAUUCCCACUGCUGCCUGUAAAGAAUUUGUACGUUCUGCUCGUAAUCGUGUGGCUUUCCUCUGGGUGCUCCAGUUUCCUCCCACAGUCCAAAGCCAAACCGGCUGGGAGGUUAAUCGGUUUCCGUGAGUCGUCCCUUUACCGUGAUCGGGCUGGGAUUUAAUUAGGGUAAUGCUGGCCAUUGCAGCUCAAUGGGCCAAAAAAGCUGUGCUGCAUCUCGAUAAUUAAAAAAUAAAGUAAAAACCCCGACAACCCUAGACUAAUUACAGGGCAACUUACAAUGACCAAUGAACGGACCCAGUGUAGAGAAAACCAGAGCGCCCAGGGAGAGCCUACACAUUCCAGAGGACUGUGGACUCUGAUGCUGCGAUCUGCAAUAGGGUCACGUUAAUCGCUACGCUACCAUAACUCCUAAAACGGGCAUCGGGGCAGCUUUGUCACACAGAGAGUGGUGCGUAUUUGGAAUGAGUCCAGGCAAUGUAUAAAACCCGGAUGGAUCAGAGAGGUGUAGGGGACUACAGGGGCAAACAUGGGUGGAUGGAAUGACGGGUCAGCAUGGACGAGCUGAGCCAAAGGGCCUGUUUCCAAGAUGACUCUGUGAAUCCAGUGGAGAGACUUGAGUGAGGGGCCAGAGUUACAAGGUGAAGGGGCAGACUGAGGGGUGUAAAAACCACUCACCAAGGGUGGUCAGUCUCAGGGAUUCUCAGCCCUGGAAAACCGUAAGACAUAGGAGCAGAAUUAGGCCAUUCAGCCCAUCGAGUUUGCUCCACAAUUUCAUCAUGGCUGAUUUAUUGUCCCUUUCAACCCCAUUCUCCUGCAUUCUCCCCUAACCUUUGGCACCCUGAGUAAACAAGAACAUAUCAACCUCUGCUUUAAAUAUACCCAAUGACUUGGGCUCCAUAACCUCCUGUAGCAAUGAGUUGCACAGAUUCACCACCCCCCCCCCCACCCACCCCGGCUAAAGAAAUUCCUCCUCAUCUCUGUUCUGAGGCUAUAGUACUAGACUCCCCCAUAUUAGGAAACAUCCCCUCCAAAUCCACUCUAUCUAAGCCUUUCAAUAUUCGAGAGGUUUCACUGAGACUGGAGGGUGAUGAGGACCAGAUUACCAGGAGUGUUGAAGGAGGAGGAUCGGGGAACUGAGGGCAAUGGCAAACCGGUGCAGGGAGAGGAGUGGAGUCAGGGACAGAUCAGCCAUGAUCAUGUUCAACACCACAGCAGAUCUGAGGGAGCAGGUUGCCCAUUCCUGCUGCGUUCUCGUGUUCCUGAGUCACCUGUACAACCUGGGAAGGUGGGCACAGUGAAGGUGAGGGAGUCCAGGAAGGACUGGUGGCACCAGGGAGCAGAGACAUUCAACAACUCCCCAUGAGUGUUCAAACCUCCCAGAGACUGACUGAAACAUCAGGUGAGAAGGAGGCCAUUUGGCCCCUCAAGCCAAUCCUGUCAUGUAGAUCUGUGCGACACACACAAGACACUGGAGGACCUGAGGCAGCCUCUCUGGAGGGAAAAAUAAACCAUCAACGUUUCAGGCCAUUGUUCAGGACAAGAAAGGAAGAGGGUAGAGCUACAAUAAGAAAGUGGGGUGAAGGGGAGGAAUAUUAUUUCUCUAACCUGGCAGUUUUCCCCCUCCUCCUUCUCUCUUCUAUUCCCUAAUCUGGCUCCCCUUUCACCUCUUCUCUUCUCCUCACCUACCUAUCAUUUCCCCUAAUGCCCCUCCUUCCCUUUCUUCUGUGGUCCACUUACCUCUCCUAUCAGAUUCCUUCUUUUUCACCUAUCACCUCCCAACUUGUUACUUCAUCCCCUCUCCCCCACUCACCUGGCCUCACCUAUCACCUCCCAGCUUCUUACCUCAUCCCCACUCCCCCACUCACCUGGCCUCACCUAUCACCUCCCAGCUUCUUACCUCAUCCCCACUCCCCAACUUACCUGGCCUCACCUAUCACCUCCCAGCUUCUUACUUCAUCCCCUCUCCCCCACUCACCUGGCCUCACCUAUCACCUACCAGCUUCUUACUUCAUCCCCACUCCCCCACUCACCUGGCCUCACCUAUCACCUCCCAGCUUCUUACUUCAUCCCCUCUCCCCCACUCUCCUGGCCUCACCUAUCACCUCCCAGCUUCUUACUUCAUUCCCUCUCCCCCACUCUCCUGGCCUCACCUAUCACCUCCCAGCUUCUUACUUCAUCCCCUCUCCCCCACUCACCUGGCCUCACCUAUCACCUACCAGCUUCUCACUUCAUCCCCUCUCCCCCACUCACCUGGCCUCACCUAUCACCUCCCAGCUUCUUACUUCAUCCCCUCUCCCCCACUCACCUGGCCUCACCUAUCACCUCCCAGCUUCUUACUUCAUCCCCUCUCCCCCACUCACCUGACCUCACCUAUCACCUUCCAGCUUCUUACCUCAUCCCCACUCCCCCACUCACCUGGCCUCACCUAUCACCUCCCAGCUUCUUACUCCAUCCCCUCUCCCUCACCCCCACCUUCCCCCUCAUCUGGCUUCACCUUCUAGCUAGUAUUCCUUCCCCAUUCCCCGCCCCACCUUCUUAUUCUGCCUUCUGCUGCCUUCCUCUCCAGUCCCGAUGAAGGGUCUCAGCCCAAAAUGUCAACUGUUUAUUUAUUUCCAUAGAUGCUGCCUGACCUCCAGCAUUUUGUGUGUGUUUCUCCGGAUUUCCAGCAUCUGCACAAUCCCUUGUGUCUCUGAUGUAGGUUUGAGACUCGAGUCCAUUCACCCCCAAAACCCCUCAUCAAUUCUCCUGAACAAAGACUUUCUGGCCUGGAGUCAGUGGCCCAGAAUCAAAGUCAGUGGUCAGGAGAAAAUUCCUCCAUCUCCUCGCCAUCUUCAUGGAAAAAGAGUUCUCAAAUGUCACUUCUGGCGGGACUGAUGGAAAUCAAUAAUAGAUGAUCAUAGGAAAGUCACUGGCAUUGGGAAACGCCUGAAUUUCCCAGUUACCAUGAGCAGCCUCCAGGCCAGGAGAAUUAUUGAAUCUGCAGUUUGCCCUGAACACCAGCCAAACUUACCUGUAAUUUCAAAAUCUUCUCAGGAGUUAGCCAAGAUAAGGGAAAACACUUGGCACGAUAGGGGAGGGGAGACGAAUCAUUGGUGCCUGUGUACGUCAGCCAAUAGACGAUUGGAAAGUCUAACCAGCCCUCGUCACCACCCACAGCCAUCAACUGAUGAAGAGCAGCUUCCCUUGCAUUUAAUAUGAAUUUCUCUCUCAGCGAUAUACAUUCGCAAGAUAUAUUUUAUGAUUAGGUGCAUUUGUCGCAUAUACAUCAAAACAUACUGUGAAAUUUGUUAUUUGCAUCAAAUCAAAUCAGUGAGGAUGUGCUGUAAGUGUCACCAUGUUCCUGGUGCCAUCAUAACAUGUCUGCAGUACACUAACCCUCACCCAUAAGACAUAUCAGAAUAAGGCCAUUUGGCCCAUCGAGACUACUCUGCCAUACCAUCAUGGCUGAUUUAUUAUCCUCCCACUCUGUUCUUGCGCCUUCUCCCUGUAACCUUAGACACAUUGCCCAAUAGCAACCAUCACUUUACAUAUACCCAAACACUUAGCCUCCACAGCCAUCUGUGACAACGAAUUCCACAGGUUCAUCACUCGCUGGCUAAAGAAAUUCCUCCUCAUCUUUGUUCUGAAGGGACAUCCUCCUAUUUUGAGGCUGUACCCUCUGAUCCUAGACUCCUCCACUUUAGGAAACAACCUCUCCGCAUCCACUCUAUCCAGGCCUUUCAAUAUUGAAUAGGUUUCAGUGAGAUCCCCCUCAUUCUUCUAACCUCCAGUGAGUAACAAGCCCAGAGCCAACAAACUCUCCUCAUCAUUAACCCUGUCAUUCCUGGAAUCAUUCCCAUGAUUUUGUGCCAAACUUUUAACCUACUUUAAGAUCUAUUACUACUGGAGUAUACUAUUGGACUGUUUACUUCUCUCCAUAGAUGCUGCCUGACUUGCUGAGUUCCUCCAGCAUUGUGUGUGUGUGUGUGUGUGUGUGUGUGUGUGUGUGUGUGUGUGUGUGUGUGUGUGUGUGUGUGUGUGUGUGUGUGUGUGGUGCGCGCGCGUUUUGUAUUGAAUAAUCACUCCCGGAAAACUGCACGGGACUUCUUGACGUGUUAAAUGUCAAAUAGUUAUUUUUCUUGUUCAGCUGCUUUGUAAGCCACAGGCUGCAAGUGAAACAACUUUUGUGGUUGUGGAUCUCGUAGGCAGAUUCAGUAUGACUGAUCUCCCUGGGCGGUAAGGACCAAAGAUUGCUGAAAGAAAUGUCUUUACGCUGUCAAAUGCUGGAAACUGAAGAAGAUUGUAAAAGAAUUUUAUUUUUGUUACAAAGCAUGGUUGUUAGCAACAAGUGAAUACAGAUUGAUAUGUUUGUAGAUUUAUUUACCAGGUUAGGUCAUAAUCAGUCUAACCUGUCCAAGUGCUAAAUCCAUCUUGAUGCAUGGAUUUGCUGAGAAAGGCAGUUCCAGGAAGAUGGGGCUUGUCAGUGAUGUUUGGCAGCUCAUCCAGGAGAAGGAGAACUCUGGUCUCAAACUGCCACUGAUUGUGGUGAUGUUCACUCGUGUGGAAAAAUCUACAGCUGGGGUCCUAAGGCAGAUCUACAUUGUGUUCAACGCCGACUGGCAACUCCUGUGACACCGCUGGCGCCAGACCGUAUCGGCCGCUGCCGUUCCUUUGGGUGGAGAAGGGGAGCCUGCUAAUACUCUCCAAAUUGUACUGCCCUGGCUUGAGAAUCUAAAUAGCUAGGACACAGUACCAAUAGUCCACCCUGACUAAUGGAGGGCCUCCCAGUCUAACGAGUCCCCAUACACCCACUAGUUGGCCUAAGAUCAACCCAAACAGACUGAGGUGGUCAUGGUGAUACGUUGGUGUGACACUGACCCUACCAGCUGUUUCAUGUUCAGCCAGGGCUGUGCAUAGUCCACAGUGUCGUGACACCGCCAGGGGACACCCAGUCAAACUCACUGAGGCUGAGGUUUAAUCUGUGAGGGUGAAAUCAUCUUUCUGUAAUUGGUUUACAUUUUGCUCGUUGCUGAUUUUGCUUCAUUGCCACUAGCUGUAGAAUGAGAGCUGGAAAUGAAUCGAACCAUAUCACAUUUAAUAAAGGGUUCUAUAAUAAGUA